GCAAUAAAAAAAGGAAAAACAUUUACCCUAGAAAUUGACGUGUGCCUCACCAAUUGCCACAUUCAUAAAACAUUAACUUCUUUGAACAAACAUUGAUUUAAUUAUUUAUAGGUAUAUAGAUACCCCUCGUAUGUACUAGCCUACAUAUCUAUAUAAAACUAGACAUGGCAUUUUAUCACGGUUUUUACCUUUAUUGUAUUCCCGCCCUUUCUAAGAUUUUGUAGCCUACAUGUUCCUGGGCGAACUGAAAAUAAAACUAAAGAACCGCGAUAAAAUCCGAAAACUAGUGUUAUUUCGAUGCCAAUUCGCCUAAACAUAAGGAAUCAUUCGUACAUAGCACUUUAGUUGCACCUUGCUGCCCCUUCGAGAACACGUCACGCCGCUCGCACUCCUAGUAUUCGCAAUGCUCACAAACCCCGAUGGCACUGACGAGCGCGGUCGCAAACGCUGCCGCCGCUGCGGCCGCCGCCGGUGCAGGCAAAAAAGCGGCCCAGGUCCAGCUCCAGGCUGAACUCAACACUGACGAUGAGUGGAACAAGUUCCUCACCAGAGAUGGACUGUUGGUAGUGGACGUGUAUUCGGAAUGGUGCGGCCCAUGCAUCGGAAUGGUGGGCAACCUGAAGAAGCUCAAGGUGGAACUGGGAGGCGACAAUCUGCAUUUGGCGGUGGCUAAAUCGGACACUAUAGAAUGUCUAAAGCGUUUUCGGAAACGAAGCGAGCCUACCUGGAUGUUUAUAGCGGCAGGUCAGCUACUUAACGUGGUUUUCGGAGCCGACGCGCCGAGACUCGCUCGCACCAUAGAACAAGAGCUGAAGAAUGAGGAGUUGGCCAAGAAAGGCGAGCGGGAGAGGCCGAAGAGAGCUCCGCAUGAACUCACUCCACCAGAACAGGAAGUAGCGGACGCUCAAGAAAAGUUGCAGCGUGAAAGAAAGGAGCGGGAAGUCGCGGCGGUGGAGGCAGCUCGACUCGCGCGCAGGGAGGCGCGGGCGAAGAGGCUGGAGACUCACUUCGCAGACGUGUGCCCUGCGUUGGUCAUGCCGCAUGCGCAGAAACAUUUGAGGAAGAUUUCAGACGCUCUUGAGCCUCACGGCGUGAUUGUAGCAGAUAAAUGUCCAACCCUGCUUGGUAAGGACGGUGCCAGGAUCCUGGCGGUGGAAGAACCAGAGCUAGGCAACGAGGCGACUACAGCAGCGAUCGCUGAACGACCGUCGCUCGCUCUGUUGCUGAAGAAAUUACCAGACAAAGAAGGAGAUGUGAUCGAGUUAUGCCGCCGAGCUCUCUGCGGCGACGGUAUCGAGACGGAAGACGGUGCUCCGCCCAAGAAGGUGCCGGCAGAAGAACUGCGCGCCGACUCCGUGCCGGGAGUGUACGUGCCGGCCGACAGACAUCAGAGGGCUGCAGUACUGGACUUAUUGUUCCCUAAGAUGAUAGCGUCCCUCAUAGAGCCUCCGACCCCAGCGGAGCCGCCCCACAUCGCCAUGAUGUUCGGGGCCUGGCAGCGAUGUGCGGUGCUCAACGUGGCAGCCAAUCUGAAGACGAGGAUGCUGCGCUACGGAUUCUAUGCGGACGACAACGUCCAAGAGCCGAGACUGCUAUGCAAGAACAUUGACCAGUACGAGCUGAGGCCAGAGAAGGAUUAUUGCGAGACCAUAGUCAUGAUGAUUGCUGUUGGACACGCCGAGCCAGCCCUCGCGGACCCUAAUGACAUCCCCACAGAGGGCCCCCCUGAAGAGCUGAUGGCGCUUGGCCCUCUCCACGUUAGCGAGGAUGCUGUGGUGGGCAGUGAAGAGUGUGGAAGGUUCUUCCCGCCUGGUUACAGCGAGCCGGAGCCUAAGCCUAAGCCGAAAUCUAAGAAGAAAAAGAAGGCCAAACGUCAAGAGAACAAAGAAGAUGUCUCGGAUGAAGCCAAUCCUGACGCAGUACAGAGCACAGAGAGCGUGGAAACCAAUGAGGCUGGCGGAGAAGAACCAGAGGGCGACGGAGAAGCAGACGCGGACGGAGACGCGGAGGGAGAAGGCGAUGCGGACGGAGAGGAAGCCGAAGGGGAGGAUGCGGAUGAACAGCACGCGUUGGAUAAAGCCACGUCUCCACCGCCGCCGACGCCACAUUAGAUUCGUAAAAUUGUGUAGUCGCUUUAUUGAUCUGGUAGUAGAGUACCUGUUCUGGUUCGUUGACAGUGAAGUUCCAGUUUCGAGUGCCAAGUUGGUCUUUUCGAAUUGUUUUAGAUCGAGAUAUACGUGAAUACUCGCUAAAACUACUGGAGCUUUAGUUUCACCGUUGUAAUCUAUCGGUACAUAUUGUCAUCUCACAGGUACAUAUUGUCUUCUCUCUUACUUGAGCUCUACGAUCCUAUCUUCAAGUUUUAUUUUAGUGUACAUAAUUACAAAUUCCACAAUUUAGAAAAUAUCAACUUGUGUGACGUCAUUUGAAGAGUCCAGUUAUUUUCAAAGUGUAGUAAAUAAAAAAGGAAAUUCUUUAACGCCUAUAGCCUUACCCCAUUAUUCAUAGACGUUUUUUAUCUAACGACCGAGUAAGGCUGU